AUGUCAUAUGUUGACAAUAAACGAAAAAUAUCACUUUUUCGGUGAAUUCUUUGUUUUCUUUGGAAUUUCCGGAAUUUUUUGUUCGUGAAAACAACGUAACAAUUUGAAAGUGCCGAAUUUAAUUUUUAACCGGAAAUAAACAAUAUAAUGCCGAAGUUGAAAAAAUUGUUGCCUGGCAUUUUCGGCAAUGGCAAAGAAUCACAAAAAGUUACCAAUAAAAAAGAAAAUGAUUUAAGUUGUAGUGCGAACGAUAAAAGCAUCCAAGGCAGAUUAGAAACAGAUGCAUUGCCCGUUGAUGAUAAUGAAGAAACGCCGACUACUAACAACAAUACACCUACACCAUCAACAGAACUUACUGAAUCUGUGGUACGUGAACUGUCCGACCCAAACUAUAAUUCCGUCGAAGCUGCCACAAGCGGUCGGGUAUUUGGCGCUGAAUCUGGUCUGAAUUCCAAUACUGGUGCAUUAGCGCUACAAACAUAUAGUAAUAAUGCAUUAACGCCAACCUCAAACGAUUCACUCACACCUACUACACCGGGUGCUCUUACACCAACCACUAUGAACACAAUGAACGUACAUAAUGCUCAACAACAAAUGGUAAUGCAAUUCUCCAAUAUAAAACAAUUGCAUUUUGGUUCAGUUUAUAAUUUCAAUAGCAACAUAAGUGGCGUUGCUACGAAUGGCACUCGAAAAAGUAGUAAAUCUGAAGACCCAAAUUCACCUAGUUGUUCUACUGGUGGAGAAAACACGAAAAGGCUAUACCCACGUAAAACCACAUCUAUUGUGGCUAUGAUGCAAUCACGUGAGGAGCCAAACCAUCGUAUAUUAGAAACAAUAUCUACACAUUUGGGCGAAGGUUGGAAACAUGUGAUGCGAGAGUUGGGUUUGUCAGAAGGACAAAUCGAGCAAGCUGUGAUCGAUCAUCAAAUGCAUGGUGGAAUCAAAGAAGUUAUUUACCAACUAUUACUCCUAUGGAUUCGUGAUGCAGAUGAUAAUGUAGCAACACUUGGUCACAUUACUUCACUGCUUUGGGAACUGAAUCAUCGGGAUUGUGUGCAACGUAUGAAAUUGGUAUACAAAUCGGAGGGAGAAAAAAGAAAACCAUCAUCUUAAUAAGUGCAAUAUGAAUUGAGAAAAUUAGUGACAUAUGGUUGUAUUACUGGGCUAAACCCUCAAUUAGAACUUUUUAGUAUGUACGAUUGUAUAUAUGUAUGUAUACAGAAAUACUUUUUUUUUUAAAUUUUAAAAUAGUUAUCAGCAUAAAUUGUCAAAUUACUUAAAUGAAGUGAAACAAAGUUCAUAUUAAUAUUGUUUGUUGUUUAAUAGAGAUAAGAGAUAUUGUUUAGAAUUAUCGUUUUUUCUAUGUCUGUUAUACAAAUUUUUUGGAUGUUAAAAAUAUUUCAUAAUUAAUUUCUAUCUUAAUUUUUUUUUUAAAAUAUCAGGAAUUUAUAAAGAUAGGUAUUAAAAAUGUAUAUAAUUUAUAUGCAUAUACAUGUAAGCGGGUCAAUUGCAUUUUAUAUCGAAUAUACAAGGAUUUUAUUCUAAUACAUAUUUAUAUAACGUAUACAUAUUCAUAUAUAUAUUAUAUAUAACAUAAAUUAAUAUUAAAAUUGCUAAGGUAUAUAACUUUUUAUGCAAAUCCUUGUAAGUACAUGUUUAAUAGUAAACAAUUGUAAAUAAUUAUAUAUUUUCCGAAAAUAUUUACAUCAAAAAUAUAC